UUCCUGAAGACAGAGAACAGAUCAGAGAAGAAACUCUCAGAGAUUCAGUGUUCAGCUCUGGCCUACAUGCUGCAGAUGUCAGAGGAGGUUCUGGAUGAGUUGAACGUGAAGACGUACAACGCAACAAACCAGGGUAGACUGAGACUGAUUCCAGCUGUGAGGAACUGCAGAAAGUUUCUAGCUGCUGGACUCUCAGAGACUCACUGUGACAUUGUGGCCACAGCUCUGAAGUCCAACCCCUCCCACCUAACCCAACUGGACUUGAGUCAGAGCAAACUGUCUGACUCUGGAGUGAAGCAUCUGUGUUCUGGACUGGAGGGUCUAAACUGUAGACUGGAGGUUCUAAGAUUGGAGCACUGCAAUUUGUCAGAGAUCAGUUGUUCUUCACUGGUCUCWGCUCUGAAGUCCAACCCCUUCUAUCUGACAGAACUGGACCUGAGCUGGAGCCCCCUGUCUGACUCUGUAGUGAAGGAGCUCUGUGGUUUCCUGGAGAGUCCAAACUGUAGACUGGAGGUUCUGAGAUUGAGGAACUGCAGUUURUCAGAGAUCAGCUGUUCUUCUCUGGGCUCAGCUAUGAAGUCCAACCCCUCCCAUCUGACAGAACUGAACCUGAGUGACAACAAGAACCUGUCUGACUCUGGAGUGAAGGAUCUCUGUGGUUUCUUGGAGAGUCCAAACUGUAGACUGGAGGUUCUGAGAUUAAGGAGCUGCAAUUUGUCAGAGAUCAGCUGUUCCUCUCUGGGCUCAGCUCUGAAGUCCAACCCCUCUCAUCUGACACAACUGGACCUGAGCUGGAGCCCCCUGUCUGACUCUGUAGUGAAGGAGCUCUGUGGUUUCCUGGAGAGUCCAAACUGUAGACUGGAGGCUCUGAGAUUGGAGAGCUGCAGGGUGUCAGCGAUCAGUUGCUAUUCUCUGAGCUCAGCUCUGAAGUUCAACUCUUCCCACUUGACCGAACUGGACCUGAGUCAGAACCCCCUGUCUGACUGUGUAGUGAAGGAGCUCUGUGGUUUCCUGGAGAGUCCAAAAUGUAGACUGGAGAUUCUGAGAUUGGAGGGCUGCAAGAUGUCAGGGAUCAGCUGUUCUUCUCUGGGCUCAGCUCUGAAGUCCAACCCCUCCCAUCUGACAGAACUGGACCUGAGUAACAACAACCUUCAGGCUCCAGAUGUUCAGCAGCUGUUGGAUCUUGUGGAGAGUCCAGCUUACAAACUGAAGAAUCUAGGGUGGGACACCUGGUGGUCUUUCAGAAGGAAAGAAGAUUUGAAUUCUGGUGAUCCCCAGAGGUUGAAGCAGCAGCAGUUUGUUUGAGAAGAAACUGAUUGGAUCCUGAUGAUGAUGAUGAUGAUGAUGAUGAUGAUGAACUUUGGCUUUUAGCUUUUAAAUUUACCAGUAUAUUGAAAGACUGAUGACUGCUUUGCAUUGCAUUUACUUUGAACCAUAAACCUAAAGUCAAGAUUAACAAAACAUUAAAAUUAUCUGUAAAUGGAGCUAAAAUCACAACAUGCAGAAAAAUCUGUUUAACAAGAAAACUAUUAAAGCCUGUUAGCUCUUUAUUGAA